GACUCCAUCAAUGCCCAACUAUUCCGAAGGCGAUCGAACUGGAGCAAGGGUCUCUGCCUGUAUUGGGUUUUAGGCUGCUGGGGCAAGAGUCUUCCCUCAAGUACACCGUCCCCAAUGCUGCUGCUGAUGCACUAGUGGCAGCUGGGUUAGGAGACGCCCGAUUGAAGGACGUCGUCAUGACCGUGUCCCGAGAUUACUUCCCUAUGCGCGUCUUGGCCCUGCACUACGUGCUGAUGUGCAUUUCGGCGGGUGCUUGGGACGAAGUCAUGUCAAUGGCCAGGUGGGUCGGGUGCGACACCAUGAGACGGAACGCGCUCAGGAGCUGUCUCUAUCUCUCGCUCUGUGUCCGUUCGCGCGCGCGCGCGCGCGUGUGUGUGUGUGUGUGUGUGUGUAUGCAGGGCGCUUCACCGUACCGUGUCGAGAGAGAUGCUGAGGACAUUGUCACAUAUAGCCAGCCCACUUCCGCUUUUCUGGUCGGCUUCGAUUCGUCGUGUGUGCCGUCCAACUACGUGUGUGCCGUCAACUACGUGGGAGACCCUGGUCCGGAUAGCCCGCGGUCUCGACUGGCUAUUCUACAUCCGAGACGUGCCCGACCUCCUGCGAGUCACGCCGAUGCUGCCACUCGAGGUACAGCAGGCCUUCAAGAGCGCUCUUCAGGAUGCGGUCACCAGCCGCAUGUCCAUUCCGCAGCCAGCCGCGCCCACACAGCAGCCAAUCGCCGCUGCGUACGGGCAACCAUACGGACAGCCAAUGGGCCCUCCACCACAGCCACUCGGGCCCGGACAGGGAGCGCGUCCUCAGGCUCCACAGCCGCUCGGUCCGCAGCCACGCGGUCCCGCACAGCAGCCACGCGGCCCUGCACUCGGACAGCCAAUGGGCUCUGCAUUCGGACACGCAGUGGGUGGACAGCCACGCGGCCCAGCGCAGCAAAUGGUUCAUUCACAGGCGCCCAAUGCCAACUUUGCGGCACUCUGUGAUGUCCUCAUCCAGCACGCCCAAAAGGUCAGGACAGGGCUGGUCGUUUCUGCGAGUGUCUCUGACUUCGUUUGACCCUCUGUUCAGAAGGAGGCCGAUCGCCAGCGCCUGAAGACCGAGAAUGAUCGCCUGCGGCAGGAGAUAGAGGUGCUCAAGAACCAGGUAGGUAAACGUGCACACGAAACCGAUUGCAGUCUACCACUGGGCGAAAGGAAUCUCGUGUUGUCUGUCAGGAGCGUCGCGGGACGAAGCGGCCGCGUGAUGAUGAGGGUCAGGUCGAGUAGGAUGGCCAGUGCGGUGACCGACCAGGAUGGCGUCGCGCCGGCGUUGGAAUUUUGUGUCACGUAUUGCUGUAAUUAAGCGCUGUGUCGUUGGUGCGAGAGAGGCAGAUUGCUGUGAGCAGUUGUGGAGCGGGUGUCUUCGUGAGUGAGAGUGUCUGUCCAUCGCUUCCUCUCUGGGAGGACCUUUAUUUGGGCUGUCGGUCGCGUCGCUGUCGCCCGUUGCAGGCGCCUCCUUUUUGGGCUUUGAGCGUGCGGCGGGCUCUUGGAUGUCUGACUGCGUUCGCGCGUGCUAUGGUGUUGUUGUCUGCAUGCGAAGUCAGUCGAGUUGAUGGCGUUUUAUUCAUGUCGUCUCCUUUUUUGGGCGACCAUCUGCUGCUAUACUGAUGCAUUUGCGAGGUGGCGGUGCCUUUUUCGCUGUGUCAUCCUCUCUGCCUGUCUGUCUGUCAGCCAUGUGACCACUUUUUUGCCUCACACGCAGACUUGUGCGGCUGGCAUACGUUCAUGUAAUAGCUACUAGAGGUCUGUCUGGUUUGUCCAUUUGGCGCGAAUGUGCACGCACCCUGCCUGUCAGUCAGUCCGCCAAUCUACG